ACACUUUUGUGGGGAAGUGGCAAGUAGCUGCAGGGAGAGCUGACUUUCAUGUGUCUUUCAGCACAUUAGCAUCCAUGGGAACAUUGAGUGUGAGCCCUGUUCCCAGAUGUCUUCUACUAAUGCUCCUAGGCUGGUCAGGGCUGAAGCAUUAUGAAGUGAAUGCAGCUCAACUCAGAGAGCACCAUAUAGCUGCUCAGCUGGCAAACUGGGAUUACAGCCCUCAAACUGAGGGGCUAUCCAGAUUAUCAGAGUCAGAUCUUGCAUUUAAAAAAAUUGUUUAUAGAGAAUAUGAAGUAGAUUUCAAACAAGAAAAACCAAGAGAUGAGCUCUCAGGGCUUCUUGGGCCAACCCUGCGUGCUGAAGUGGGAGACAUCCUCCUCAUUGAUUUCAGGAAUUUUGCUAACAAGCCAGUGAGCAUUCACCCACAGAGUGCUGUGUACAACAAAUGGUCGGAAGGUUCCUCAUACUCUGAUGGGACAUCAACUAUACAAAGACUGGAUGAUGCUGUGCCUCCUGGCCAGUCAUUCAGAUAUGUGUGGAACAUCACUGCAGAAACUGGGCCAAAACAAGCUGAUCCUCCCUGUCUCACUUAUGCCUACUACUCACAUGUAAAGAUGGUGCAAGACUUUAAUUCUGGUCUCAUUGGUGCUUUGCUGAUAUGUAAAGAAGGAAGCUUGAAUGCAGAUGGGACACAGAAACUAUUCAACAGAGAAUAUGUGCUGAUGUUUGCUGUGUUUGAUGAAAGCAAGAACUGGUACAAAAAUGCCUCUGUCCAAUACACAAUUAAUGGGUAUGCUAAUGGAACAUUGCCAGAUAUUCAGGCAUGUGCUUAUGAUCAUAUUAGUUGGCAUUUAAUAGGAAUGAGUUCCACUCCUGAGAUCUUCUCUGUCCACUUCAAUGGACAAACCUUGGAACAAAACCACUACAAAGUGUCAACCAUCAACCUUGUUGGAGGUGCCUCAGUAACAGCCAACAUGUCAGUGAGCAAGACAGGAAAAUGGCUAAUAUCUUCCCUGGUUGCAAAGCAUCUACAAGCUGGAAUGUAUGGUUAUCUAAAUAUCAAAGACUGUGGAAACCCAGACACUUUAACAAAGAGGUUAUCCUUUAGAGAACUGAGGAUGAUUAAGAACUGGGACUAUUUCAUUGCUGCAGAAGAAAUCACCUGGGAUUAUGCUCCAGAAAUUCCUAGCAGUGUUGACAGAAAAUAUAAAACUCAGUAUCUGGAAAAUUUUUCAAAUCUUAUUGGCAAGAAAUACAAAAAGGCAGUCUUCCGGCAAUAUAAAGACAACAGCUUCAGUAAACACACAUACACCACUUGGCCCAAAGAACGUGGGAUUCUGGGCCCUGUUAUCAGAGCGGAAGUCAGAGAUACGAUAAACAUUGUAUUCAAAAAUAUGGCAAGUCGACCUUACAGUAUUUAUGUGCAUGGAGUUUCAGUUUCAAAAGAUGCAGAAGGAGCUGUUUAUCCUUCAGAUUCCAAAGAGAAUAUAACUCAGGGCAAAGCAGUUCAACCAGGAGAAGUCUACAUAUAUAAGUGGACUGUGCUUGACACGGAUGAACCCACAGCAAAGGAUUCUCAGUGUGUUACCAGGUUAUAUCACAGUGCUGUGGAUAUGACAAGAGAUAUUGCUUCAGGACUGAUUGGGCCACUUUUGGUUUGUAAACGCAAGGCACUCGACAGCAAGGGGGUACAGAAAAAAGCUGAUGUUGAACAGCAUGGUGUCUUUGCAGUAUUUGAUGAAAACAAGAGCUGGUACUUGGAGGACAAUAUCAAGGAAUACUGCAGCAAUCCCUCCACUGUUAAGAGAGAUGACCCCAAAUUCUACAAUUCCAAUGUUAUGUACACACUCAAUGGCUACGCAUCUGAUAGAACAGAUAUUCUGGGGUUUUGUCAGUCUGAAAUUGUUGAAUGGCACCUCACCAGUGUAGGUACAAUGGAUCAGAUUAUUCCAGUACAUAUUUCUGGUCACACCUUCCUAAACAAGGGAAAACAUCAAGAUAUUUUAAAUCUUUUCCCCAUGAGUGGUGAAUCUGCUACUGUAACCAUGGACAAUAUUGGGACCUGGCUUCUGUCAUCAUGUGGCUCCUCUGAGAUGAGCAAUGGCAUGAGACUGAGAUUUUUGGAUGCCAGGUGUGACAAUGAAGAUGAUGGAAUAGGAGAAGAGGAAGGAGAUAGUAAAGAAGUUAUUGUUGUCAGUUUAAGUUCAUCAGAAGUAACAGAAAAAAAAGAAAAGGACCACAGAAGUGUAGUAUCAGAAAAAGAAACAGAUGAGAUAGCAAAAGAAUUGGGAUUAUUAGAUGAAGAGGGUAAUGAAGAAAGGUCAGGCAAGGAACAGGUGGAUGAGGAUGAAGAACAACUAAUGAUAGCUUCAAUGCUUGGGCUUCGCUCAUUUAAUGGGUCAGCUGCUGAAGAAGAAGAAUUGAAUCUCACAGCUCUAGCUAUGCAAGAAGAUGCUUACACUUAUGGUACCGUAUCUUUAAACUCUCAUCUAGUGUUGAUAAACAGCAGUGAUGCUGUGCAUGGUAAUGAAGAGUUGGGAACUCAAAAUAACUCUUAUGUAACUGCAUCUGAGACCAUCUAUCCUAAUUAUACAUCUUCGGCAGAAGAAAUUUUAGUUUCAAAUAUCACUGCAGUGAUUGGCAUCUUGCCAUCUGAGAAAGGCCAAAAUGAAGAGAAUAUUACUCGAAUUUCAGAUAGCUACAGGGAAAUGCUUGCUGCUGAAUACUUUGAAACAGAUGGAGGAGUCCAGAGCAAAGAUACAGGAGAAUUAUUGAAUGAUAGCAAGAAUGAUACCAACGUGUCUAUUGAAAUAAUCUCUUCCUUGAAGGAGCAAGAAGAAAAUACAUUUGAAAAAGAUACUUGGGAUAAAAAGAGAGAAAGACAAGUUCUGACAGAGGCGACUUUGCAUGCUCUUAAAGAGAUGUAUGCUCUACUUUUUCAUGUACAACAAAAGAGAAAUCUGUCUGCUUUGAACAUACCAACUGAGGACAUGAAAUUUCUUUCUAGUGAAGAAAAUUAUUCUACCAUAGAUAACUCAAAAACCAAUUACUUUUCAUAUGUUUAUGAUUAUGAAGAAGAAGCAGCAGCAGCAGCAGCAGCAAAUGGGUCUUCCAAAGUUACAACAAAUAUAACUUUGGCUGAAGAAGAGACAGUGGAAAACAUUGGUUCUGAGCGAAACCUUGUUUUUGUACCUUCUAAAGUACAACAAUCUGAAAAUUUGACUUCAGAUACUACAUUAGAUAAUAUUGUUUCUUCAACAGUUUCGAAGACUACAAAGACUUGGGAAGGUUCAUCUCACCAGAAACAGAAAUGCCUCUCUAAAAAGACAGAUAAGGAAUGGAAUGUUGUCCGCAAGAAAGAAAGUUAUGAUAUAUCAGCUGACCUCACUAAUGAUGUUGGCAAUACAUUCCAGAACAGCACCAGAAAUACCUCAUUCUAUCAAGAAAAUGCCAUGUUCCCUGGCGAGAGAAAAAAGAAGACAUAUAACCAUAAUGCCCAACUUGAGUUAGGCCACCCAGGAAUUGGUAAUGAACGUGAAGCCGAGAAUAUAGCAAGAGAUGAAAACUGCACUAUCAAUGUAUCUCAACCUUUUCUAAAAGUCCAACGAAAGAAAAAAAAGCCAACUGUAUUGACUCCAAGGACUUCUAAGCCUUUGGUAUCACCUGGAAAACUCCAGAGCCCCCAAUUUUCCAAUAAACCCAACAACACAAAGCUGCUAAAUGAGGCCAAUUUGACACAAAAACAGGAUAAGCCAAUUGUUACAAUAGGUCUUCCAGUGGAAGAUGGUGACUAUCAGGAAUAUGAGAUAGAUAAUAUAGACUAUGAUGAGAGUAGUAGUGGUUCACUUGAAUAUGAGUUCAUGCAUUAUGAUAAUCCAUAUACCACAGAUUCUCGCCUUGACAGUAAUGGUGCACGUAAUCCUGAUGACAUAGCUGGACACUACCUACGUGCUAUCAACCGAGGAAAUAUAAGGAGGUACUACAUUGCAGCUGAAGAAGUUUUGUGGGACUACUCAUCAUUGAGAAAAAGUACAGUGAGAAGUCGCCCAGCCAGGACCACAUUUAAAAAAGCUAUUUUCCGAAGUUAUCUUGAUGAUACUUUCCAGACACCUAACACUGGAGGGGAAUAUGAAAAACAUCUUGGUAUGCUGGGUCCUGUCAUUAGGGCUGAAGUGGAUGAUGUAAUCCAAGUUCAGUUCAAAAAUUUGGCCUCUAGACCAUACUCACUUCAUGCCCAUGGCCUUCUUUAUGAGAAAUCUUCUGAAGGCAGAAGCUAUGAUGACCAGUCUCCUGAGUUUUUCAAGAAGGAUGAUGCAAUCAUGCCAAAUGGCACAUACACAUAUGUCUGGCAUGUCACCAAACGGUCAGGGCCAACGCACAAUAAGAAAAUAUGUAGAUCAUGGGCCUAUUACUCUGGUGUAAAUCGGGAAAAAGAUAUUCACUCUGGCUUGAUUGGACCUAUUUUGAUCUGCCAGAAAGGCAUGAUUGACAGAUAUAACAGGCCAAUAGAUGUGAGAGAAUUUGUCCUGUUAUUUAUGAACUUUGAUGAGGAGAGAAGCUGGUACUUUGAAAAAUCUGACAAAAGGACUCACACAGAGAAACUCUUAGGAGUCAAAUCACGCCACACAUUUCCUGGAAUUAAUGGGGUCCCCCACCAGUUGCAGGGCUUGAAGAUGUACAAAGAUGAGAAUGUCCAUUGGCAUUUGCUGAACAUGGGGGGGCCCAAAGACAUCCAUGUUGUUCAUUUUCAUGGUCAGACAUUCACUGAAGAGGGAAGGGAAGAUAAUCAACUUGGGGUCCUUCCUCUUCUUCCUGGUUCAUUCACCACCAUUGAAAUGACACCAUCCAAAACUGGCACAUGGCUUUUAGAAACAGAAGUUGGUGAAUAUCAGGAAGGAGGGAUGCAGGCUUCCUUUACUGUCUUUGAUAAAGAUUGUAAAUUACCAAUGGGUCUGGCAAGUGGGAUAAUACAAGACUCACAAAUCAGUGCUUCAGGUCAUGUAGGAUAUUGGGAGCCUAAGCUAGCAAGACUGGAUAAUGCUGGAAGAUAUAACGCUUGGAGCAUCAUGAAGAAGGAAAAUGAACAUCCAUGGAUCCAGGUGGAUCUACAAAGACAAGUUGUCAUCACAGGCCUUCAGACCCAAGGAGCCAUGCAGCUACUGAAACACUUGUAUACUAUGGAAUAUUUUGUUACCUACAGCAAAGAUGGGCGAAAGUGGAUUGCUUUUAAAGGAAAACACACCAAAACACAAAUGCUUUUUGAGGGAAAUUCAGAUGGUACUGAAGUAAAAGAAAACCACAUCGACCCUCCUAUUAUUGCCAGAUAUGUGAGGCUGUAUCCAACCAAGUUCUACAACAGGCCUACGUUCCGCAUUGAACUCCUGGGUUGUGAAGUUGAAGGGUGCUCUUCGCCAUUGGGAAUGGCCAGCGGGGCUAUCAGGAAUUCAGAGAUUACAGCCUCUUCUUACAAGAAGACUUGGUGGAGUUCAUGGGAACCAUUCCUUGCCCGCCUCAAUCUGAAAGGGCGGACAAAUGCUUGGCAACCAAAGGCAAACAACAAUGAUCAGUGGCUACAAAUUGAUCUGCAACAGCUUAUGAAGAUAACAAGCAUAAUAACUCAAGGAGCUAAAUCAAUGUCUACAGAAAUGUAUGUGAAAACAUUUUCCAUCCAUUAUAGUGAUGAUGAUUCAAUAUGGAAGCCUCAUUUGGAUGCUUCCACUUCCAUGGAAAAGGUGUUCACAGGAAACAUUAACAGUGAUGGGCAUGUCAAACACUUUUUCAAACCACCUAUAUUUUCCCGGUUCAUUCGUGUCAUCCCUAAAACAUGGAAUCAAAAUAUUGCAUUCCGGAUAGAACUCUUUGGUUGUGAUGCUUUUUAGGGCUUGGGCAGAAGACCAUCAAAUCAAGAAAUUUCAACCUUUUAAGUUUGCUUAUCACUAACUCUGUUUUUAAAAGGAAAUAAAAACAAAAACAUAAUAAAACUGUACUUACCCAAAGCAUUUUCAGCUACAGCUUUCAAAUAGCUUUGGAAAUAUCAAUUAAAAUAGAACUAAAGUGACUACACAAUAAAUAACUGUAUUGCUAUUUUAAUCAUGAAUGUAUAUCCUAGUAUGAUGAAAUCUUAUUUUUUGCCAGUUUCACAUUCUCUGUCUCCCUCUUCUCAAAUAGAAAACAUUAUCUUUCAUUUUUUUGUUGAACCUGCAUGUGAGGGCAUAUGAAAUAUUACAUUAAUUAAACCUUAGCAGGUUGGAGCUUCUAGCUCAACUUGGCUGAUCUAGAAAGUUAAACCACGUUGGCCAUGGUUAGUAUAUGUUCCGUAUCACAGACUUAAAGAAAACUUUUAAUGAAGACAGACAACAGCAACUGUUAGAUCAGGAGCAUAAAUACUGAUACCAAUGGUGCCUUUCUAAAAUCUCUAUGAAUUAUCUUGUGUUUGAAGAAUGAAUCAACGUGACUACAAUAUUCAGUUAAAAUGAUUCAUUUCAAUUACCUUUCUAACAUCUACCAAAAAUGAACCAAUUCCAAUGAAUUAGUGCAUGUUUUGCUUUAGAAAUUAAACAUACCUAAACUAGAGCAGAAGUACCUUUACUGUUAUUUCAGGCUAGACAGAUCCUUAACUUGUGUAUAAGUUGCAAAGUGAGAGGCACUGAGGGUCAUUUGUGUUGGAAUCCUUACUGCUGACAUGGUACACUUUAUUUAUUCAUAUAUGUAUUGAUUUGCUCACUUAGAAAAUAAGAAAUAUCAGAAAUUAUAUUAAUAGUGGCAUAAAUAUAAGAAGCAAGA